AUGAGCUUUAGACCGCUUAAUAACCCUUGCAUUUUCCACCCUCUCCAUCCUCUCCACAUUUUCCGCCCUCUCGGCUCUCUCCGCCCUCUCCGCCCUCUCCGCCCUCUCCGCCCUCUCCGCCCUUUCCGCUCUCUUCAUCCUCUCCGCCUUCCCCGCCCUCCCUGCCCGCUUCCAGAAGAACUGGCUCCAAGGAGUGCCGGGCCCAAGGAGUGGCUCAAGGCGCAGAAGCGCAAGUCAAUGCAGUUUCUGCUCAACCCCCUCAUGGUCUCGUCCGCGCGCCUCGCAGCUGCCAAGGCUGAAUUCGGUGAUCGACUCGAAGCUCAAACUCACAUGGUCUCCUCUGCCCGCCUUGCGGCUGCCAAGGGCGAAUUCGCUGAGUACCUGUGUGACUUGGUGCGUGUAAAGUCCAUCAAGGGGUGCGUGAGUGGGUGGUCAUGCAGGAGUGCUGGAAGCAUCCCUUCACUGCCUCUCUUCGGCCAUCCAUCACACUGUCUUAUUUCCUCCUCUCUCCGUCCUCUCCACUCUUUCAUUGCAGAGGCCUCCACAACCCCCUCUGAGCUGGCGUCGGUGCAGGCAGGAGUGCGGGAAGCCUCCCUUGACUGCCUCGCUCCAGGCUUUACUCCUGGCGUGGAGGUGAGGGGUGUAGUGAGGGGCGUAGAGCUGUGCACGUUCAAGCUCAUCCUCAAGAACGCCGCCUCUUUGCUGGACAAGAACGACCCAGCGCUCGUGCAAGGGGAGGAGGCACUGCUGGACCUCAUCUGGUCGUUCAGAGAGCUGCACGGGUUGCUGGACGAGCCACAGGGCUCCGACCCCCCUCCUUGGGAGUACAUCAUGGAUGCCUUCACCAAUGUGCAGACUGCCUCGGAUUUCUUCCAAUCAACCAUCCAGGCCAUCUUUGACACCCCCGUUUGA